UUAACGGAAUACGGAACGGUUACUUUGAGGACAUUUUUUGCCAUAAAAAAAAAAAAAAACUGCGUUACAAGUAUUGUGUGUAAUCUUCUUCGCAAUGCAGACUUUUCUUCGGCAAAGGUAGAUACUGAAAAAGAAAAUAAUUAGCCCAGUGCUUUUGUCAAACAUUUUGUUAAGGUUCACCAGACAACGGCAUUUGAUUUGCGACGCUGGGGCUUGCAGGAACCAACUGCACCUUUUAUCCAGAAACUUCCCCAGGCUAUGCUAAAUGAGCUGGAUUAUCUUUACGUCCUAAUACUCGAUUCCUAACCGUAGGUGGGCUUUAAGUUUUUCCGGAUAACGUAUUGUGAUGUAAAGGUUAUUUUCUCUGCUGACAAUUUAGGUGUUAUUGCUUAACACUUGCAACAUGGCUGCUGUGGCAGCAGGGAGAAAAGUUUAACUGACGUGGGAGAAGUUUGGUGCAUUCAUGAGCUGUUGUCCGCUCCGUAAAGUGGGAAGGAGUCGCCUCUAGUGUGACACCACCAUCUUCAGACCCAAAGCAGUGGAGGAACCGUGUCAGAGCCUCCUCCUUCCUCCUCCGUAGUCACUGCAGUGGACUUUUUCGGGUAGUGGUGGUGCCUUGCUCCCCAUCUCAGGCAGGCACGGCUCUGGAGGCGUUCAAGGACCAUCACCAUAUCAACUGACUGGAGGCUGUGUUUCGAGCUAAAAUGCAUUUCUCCAUACCCGAAACGGAAGUGUGCUCUGGGGAAAAUGGUUCAACCUAUGUGGCCUACAACAUCCACGUCAACGGUGUGCUGCACUGUCGGGUACGCUACAGACAACUUCUUGGUCUCCAUGAACAGAUAAAGAAAGAAUAUGGCAGCAAUGUGGUGCCCUCCUUCCCCCCAAAGAAGAUCUUCACCCUGACCCCCGCUGAGGUCGAACAGAGACGAGAACAGCUUGAGAAAUACAUGCAGGCUGUUCGUCAGCAUCCUUUGCUUGGAAGCAGCGAGAUGUUCAACAGCUUUCUAAGAAAAGCGCAGCAGGACACCCAACAGAUUCCCACUGAAGAGGUCACUUUAGACAUCUGGCUCUCCAGUGGUCAGAAGGUUACUGUCAACAUUCUGACCUCGGAUCAGACGGAGGAUGUUCUUGAUGCUGUUGCAACAAAACUGGACCUCCCAGAGGACCUUGUGGGAUAUUUCAGUCUCUUCUUGGUCCGUGAAAGCGUGGAUGGAAGUUUAACGUUUGUCCGGAGGCUGCAGGAGUUUGAGUUGCCUUACGUGUCCAUAACCAGCCUGCAAAGCUCUGAAUUUCACAUAGUCUUACGGAAAAGCUACUGGGACAUGGCGUACGAUAGUGAUGUAAUGGACAACAGAGUCGGCUUGAAUUUACUUUACGGACAGACGGUGUCUGACAUUGAGCGAGGCUGGAUACUCGUCAACAAAGAGCAGCACAGGCAGCUCAAAUCCCUGCAGGAGAAAGGCUCCAAGAAAGAAUUUAUCCACCUAUGUCAGACUCUGAAAUAUUACGGUUAUAUAAAGUUUGAUCCAUGCAUCACCGACUUCCCUGAGAAGGACUGCCAAGUCAUCAUCAGCACCGGCAACAAUGAGCUCAAUUUCCACGUCAAGCUGCCCAAUGAGCAGAUGAAGGAGGGAAGCUUCAAGGUCACACGGAUGAGGUGCUGGCGAGUCACGUCGUCUCAAGUCCCAAUAUCCAAUGGUACAAGUAACCCCUGCAGUUCAAGCAAGUCUGAAGUGAAACUGGAGCUCGCCUUCGAGUAUCUUAUGAGCAAGGAUCGUCUGCAGUGGGUCACCAUCACCAGUCAGCAGGCCAUCAUGAUGAGCAUCUGCCUGCAGUCUAUGGUGGAUGAAUUAAUGGUAAAGAAGUCAGGAGGCAGCAUAAAGAAGAUGCUGAGGAAGCGACACAAUGGCUCCAUUCACCGUUCUGACAGUCAGCAAGCUGUGAAAUCUCCCCCUCUACUGGACUCUCCUGAUCCAAACCGGGAACAAGUUGUCAAACUCUCGACCAAGCUGAACUCAGUGUCUCUCAGAGGGAUCAGCGCCUCCAACUCCGCAAAUGACAUCAGCAGCGACGACUUUCAUGGCAACUACGCUUUUGAGGGAAUUGGGGAUGACGACCUGUAAACCGUGAUUCACCUCCGCCCCCCCUUUUCAUUCCACUGUUAACUAUGACGACAAAGAUUACGAGCUGAGCCAAGCGUUCCACACUUUUCCAUUUCUGCAAGAUUCUAGCUGCUUCCUGGCUGCCUUAAGCUCUCAUUUAACCUUCGUUUCUUAAGACUGAAAACUCAUUUUGACUUUUAUUAUAGUGCUAACCACCUGUUUCCAACUACAAUACUGGACUGCACGAAGAAACCCUGGGUUCUCCCUUGAGUGUCUGCACGCUCAAAUGUCAGGCUAGACCAGCCACUAGUGAUUAUAUAACCUAGAAGUGAGCAAAUAAUUAUUUCAACCAUCCAGCAAUUUUCAGUAAAUGCUUUUCAAAUUUAUUCCACAGCUGUCAAUAGCAGUGGUUCCCAACCAUAG